AUGGGACAGCCAAUGAUACCAAGCGUAUAUGUACUUAUAUGGCAAACCUUUGGUUUUCGUCCCAGUAAAAAGUGCCUGCGUUAUAUGGUGUCAUCAGAUGGCAAGAAUGAAGCUGACAUGAAGGGACAUUUGAGGUGUAUUUAUGCUAAGGCAAACUUUAUAUCAGGGAAAUUUACUAAAAUUUCAGAUUGUAAUUGUUACAAUCACCCAGCUUUGAUGGAAGCGAUAACAGAUCCACGUAACAUGAGUAUGUUUGUGAAUAGACCUGCGCUAGGAGUAUUUCCAAAUUCCGAGUAUCCAAACCAGUUGGAGAAAACACUGCUAUCGGUUGCUCCGCCUGGAAUGAGCAGAGUACAGACAAUGGCAUGCGGAGCUUGUUCCGUGGAGAAUGCUACUAAACAGGCGUUUAUUUGGAAGAAGAAAAUAGAAAGGAAAGGUGCUUCUGUAACUGAAGAAGAACUAUCAUCAUGUAUGAUUAACCAGAGUCCUGGGUGCCCUCCUUAUUCCAUAUUAUCAUUUCAUGGUGGUUUCCAUGGUAGAACUUAUGGAGCAUUGUCCUGUACCCAUUCUAAGGAGAUUCAUAAACUUGAUCUCCCUGCUUUCGAUUGGCCAAUUGCGCCUUUUCCAAGACUCAAAUAUCCAUUGAAUAGUCACACUGCAGACAAUGAAGCAGAAGAAAUGCGAUGCUUGGGUGAGAUUCGUAAGAUUAUCGCCGAAUAUAACUCCCGUGGGAGAAACGUUGCAGGAUUAAUAGUUGAACCAAUCCAAGCUGAGGGAGGAGAUUAUCACGCUUCUAAAGAGUUCUUUCAACAGCUUCAAUCACUUUGUAAAGAG